AGCAGCCGGUUCGGGAGAUUUGCAUGCUGUGAUUAAGGCAGUGAAGCAAUCGCGCUGUUGCCUCAUCGGUGAGAAUCCCCGAGGCCCGUGCGCUAUAAAUGCCACCCGAUCAAUGAGCACGGCCGGGCAGCAGCGAGAGGAGCCGGGCCGGGCUGGGCAGGGCCGCACCGCACAGAGGAGGAGACACCGAGCCGGGCAGUCACCAUGUGCUUCCUCACCCGUGGGCUGGCACUGCUGCUGGCCGUGCUGCUGUGGCGGGCGCUGCAUGGGGCACCAGUGACCGAGCUCUCAGGGGACCAGGACUUCCAGCUCUUCCUGCAGAGGAAUCUCGAGUUCACCCGCAAGAUCCGUGGGGACGUGGCUGCGCUGCAGCGCCUGGUGUGUGACACCCUCCAGCUGUGCAACGAGGACGAGCUGCUGCUGGUGCGGCAGGACCUGGACAUCGCCCAGGCGCCGCUGGAGCAGUGUCACAGGCGCACCUUCCAGGCAGAGACCUGCUUCAGCCAGAUCCGUGCCGGCCUCCGCGUCUACCACGGCUCUCUGGCCACCAUCCGGGCCCUGCUGCCCGGGCACGCCGGGCUGGUGGAGACCCUGCAGCUGGACAUGGCCAACCUGUCCUCCAACAUCCAGCAGCAGAUGGAGGACCUGGGCCUGGCCACGGUGACGUACCCCACAGAGAACCAGGAGCCCGUCCCCACCUUCUCCUCCCACUUCCACCACCAAGUCGGCGGCUUCUUCAUCCUGGCCAACUUCCAGCGGUUCCUGGAGACGGCGUACCGGGCACUGCGGCACCUCACCAGCCUCUGA